GAGGGGGCGGUCGGCUGGAACAUUGUCAUAUUUAAAUUCGACUGGGUUCCCUGAUAUCGUCACUUUUCCCUUUUCCCUCCCUCUGUCCCCUUCUCUACGAAGCAUACCCUUGCUAUCUUUCUAUACCGUGCACUAUGCGAUUCCAUAAUCUGCUCGUCGUACUGGCCUCGACGAUGGCAUUCGUUGGGGCGGCCCCUUCGCCCGCGAACGGCGGAGGAGGUCAAUCAGGUCAAUCUUGGCGUCGUGAUGCUGAGCCUGCCAACCAAGCCGGAGCGGCCUGGCGUCGUGAGCCUGUCAACCAACCCGGCGCAGCUUGGCGUCGUGAGACGGGAAAUUCAUUUCAUAUCGUCUACAGCCCUGCAAACCAACCUGGUGCUGCCUGGCGUCGAGUAGCAGAGCCCAUGAAUGGUCCUGGAGCAGCUUGGCGUCGCCAACCCGAAGCGGAGCCCAUGAACGGUGGUGCUAUCGGUCAAUCAUGGCGUCGAGAAGCUGAGCCUAUGAACCAACCAGCUGCUGGAUGGCGUAGGGAAGCUGAGCCCAUGAACGGAGGCGCUACGGGACAGUCCUGGCGUCGGGAAGCUGAGCCGGAGGCUAAGCCCAUGAACGGUCCCGGAGCAUCCUGGCGUCGCGAAGCAAAGGCAGAGCCCUACAACCAAGCAGCCGCAGCCUGGUAAACGUACGCGCCCCGCAUCCCCACAUUCGGAGAAUUUUUUUCUUUAUCUUCAUCCUCUGAUUGUUGGCUUGUUGGCGGAUAUGAACGAACGUCGGAAGCGAGGGGCGGAGCCUGUUGUUGAUCCGGACGGAAAUCAUAUAUAUGCGUUGUCCUUUUACUUUCCUCUGGUGUUGUAGAGUGGGUGUGUGUGUAAGUCAGUACUGAUAGUCUCUCACUGUGUCUUUGUUUUUCUCCCUAUCCCAUCAUCAUCAUCCCAUCAUCAUUUGUCUUAUCCUACUUCUUCGGACUAACUAUGGUCAUUCGUUUGGUUCCCUUUUGUAUACUUACUCAGCCGUAAUGAUUUGAUUAUUUUUGGCAGUGCGAAGGAAAGAAAGAGAUCCCGCGCGUCGGGUGUCCCAUGAGCCGGUUUGGCUUGUU